CACACACACACACACACACACACACACACACACACACACACACACCUCCCCCUCCCGUCUCUCUCGGUAAUCCGGUCUCUCUGCAGUCAUCAUGGCGGAAAUCAAGACGGGGAUCUUUGCUAAGAACGUACAGAAACGGCUGAACCGCGCGCAGGAGAAGGUGCUGCAGAAACUGGGAAAGGCCGACGAGACCAAAGAUGAGCAGUUUGAGCAGGUGGUCGUCAACUUCAGGAGGCAGGAGUCGGAAGGCUCUCGGCUGCAGAGGGAGAUGAAAGCCUACAUGGCGGCCAUUAAAGGGAUGCAGCAGGCCUCCAUCAACCUGACGCAGUCUCUGCAUGAAGUCUACGAGCCGGACUGGCACGGCAAAGAUGACGUCAUGGUCAUCGGGAAGGACUGCGAUGCCAUGUGGGAGGAUUUCCAUAACAAGUUGGUGGACUCAACGCUUCUGAACCUGGAUGAGUAUCUCCUGCAGUUCCCAGACCUCAGAACUCGCGUGGCCAAGAGAAGCCGGAAACUGAUUGACUACGAUAGUGCUCGACACCAUGUGGAGACCCUUACGCUGUCCGGGAUGAAGAGCGACCGGAAGACUGAGGAGGCGGAUGACGAGCUUAAGAAGGCUCAGAAGGUUUUCGACGAGCUGGAUGUCGGCCUGCAGGACGAGCUGCCCACUCUGUGGGACAGCCGGGUGGGAUUCUACAUCAGCACCUUCAAGAGCAUCACUAACCUGGAGGCCAAGUUCCACCGCGAGAUCUCUCUGGUGUGCCGGCAGCUGUACGAAGUGAUGACGCAGCUGGCUGAGCAGCACUCUGACAAGAUGUUCACCAUCCAGGGAGCCCCGAGCGACUCGGGACCGCUGAGACUCGCCAGAACCCCGUCACCUCCAGAGGACGAGAGCCCGCCUGAGAGCCCCGACGCCGGAUCCAACCACAUGCUCCGCCCCGUUUCACCUGGACCCCCACGGCCCAAAUCCCCCAUACAGCUUAAAAAGGGUCCGCCGGUGCCCCCACUACCAAAGGCCACACCGACCAAGGAAGUGGCAGAGGAGCAGAUCAUCGACCUUUUUGGAGGGGAGUUCUUACCGGCGCCGACACCGUCGCAGCCCAACGAACGACCAGGAGAGUCUCUGCUCGACCUGGACUUUGAUGCUUUUGAGCCAGAUGAGAGUGUUUCUCCGAUCCCGCAGACCGCAGUGCCCUGGGAUAUGUGGUCGGGAGAAGCCCAAAAAGCUGAGCUUGGAGCUGACACUGGGUUCGUCGCAGACUGGUCCGCUGACUUUGGUUCGGCAAAUGGAGAUGCUGCUCCAGGACCCGAGGCACCUGACGUAGGUCCGGAGGGGGGGGCGCAGGGUGCAGACACAGCUAGACCUCCUGAGGACGAGGGGGCAGCCACAGCUGGAGAUGAGAAUGCCACCGCCCCGUCAUUCUUCGCUGAGUUUGAUCAGAUGAAUGAAGUUAAAGCAGAGGCUCCGGGAGCCACAGGGAGAGAACCUACUCAGGAACAAGACAAGUAUCCAGCUCUACCGGACGUUGGAGCUCCCCUUGCUGGAGAAGAGGUGGAGGAACCUGCAGCUUCCCCUGCUGGAGAAGGGGUGGAGGAACGUGCAGCUCCCCCUGCUGGAGAAGGGGUGGAGGAACCUGCAGCUCCCCCUGCUGGAGAAGGGGUGGAGGAACGUGCAGCUCCCCUUGCUGGAGAAGAGGUGGAGGAACCUGCAGCUCCCCCUGCUGGAGAAGGGGUGGAGGAACCUGCAGCUCCUCCUGCUGGAGAAGGGGUGGAGGAACCUGCAGCUUCCCCUGCUGGAGAAGGGGUGGAGGAACUUGCAGCUCCCCCUGCUGGAGUAAAGGUGGAAAAACCUGGAUCUCCACCUGCUGGAGAAGAGGUGGAGGAACCUGGAGCUCCCCCUACUGAUGUGGGUAAUAAAGCUGAUCGUUCAGGCAGCCCAGAGGAUGAGAAACCUGAUUCCACCUCUGGAUCUCCAAGCUCAGACAUGGCAGCCCUUGAAGAGAUCGAUCCUGUUGAGGAAGUCAAAACACCCACCUCUGAAAAAAUGCCGAUCCCCUCUGUGGUGAUCGAGCCAGCUUCGAGUAACGAAGGGGAUGAUGACCGGGAUGCAGACAUAAUUUCUCCCACCGCCAUCGGGGAUAAUGACGUGACAGCUGAGAACCAGACCAUCAAACACAUGAGUCCGUCCGGCGGUGUGUCAGGGCUCCCUGACGACUUCCUCUAUAAGGUGGAGACCAUGCAUGACUUUGAGGCUGCAAAUUCAGAUGAGCUGGAGCUGAAGAGAGGCGAUGUGGUGCUGGUGGUUCCCACCGCUUCAGUAGAGGAUCAGGAUGCCGGCUGGCUCACUGGGAUUAAAGAAAGUGAUUGGGUAACACUUGGUGCCAGUGCUCACCAAGGACUUUUCCCAGAAAACUUUAUUCAACGCUUGGAGUAAGAAGUUUUCCAGCUGUGUAAAAUGCGAGCUGAGGUUUGAAACACCAGUGGAUAUGCCAUCCAGUCAGCAUGAAUCCAACCCUGAAACACCCAAUAACUUGGUGCAGAUGUCUGCUGGACCACACAAGGCUCUCUCUGGUUGAUGAAGCUCUACUCAAACUUAAAUUCAUGUUAAUAAAAGUAGCACUAUUCCCAGGAAAGUGAAAUUAAUAAGCAUGAUAUCAUAGUAUGAUCGACCCUUCUUUGAGACUGAGAUGUUUUUUUGUUGUUGAAUGAAAUAGGAUGUUUUAAUUUAUUGGGAAUGAUGCAAUCUCUAAAUGUUCAUGCCAUCAAAAGGAAAGUAGUUUGAAAUAAAUACACUAACCCUCACCCCUUCUUAGCAACAAGUGUGUUGUACUGGUUCUGUUGCUGUGGAGUGUACUGGGUUCUGUAGUGCUGUGAUCUAUUGAACUGUUCUGUAACAUGAAACUCUUGAGUGUCUGUUUUUUCUUCAACACGUCAUCACUGUUAUCCCUGUCUUUGUGUUUCUGUAAAACAUGGCUGUGCUUUUAUUUGGAAAACGUUGUGAUGAGUUUUAGUGAGUGUUGUGUUUUGACCAGAAGAGUGUCACAUUUAUUAUCUGAGCAUUGGCAAACUAUCAGUGCAAAUCCAGCAUUAAAAUCACAUAUUUUAUUAUAGCUUGUAUUCCAAGAGAAAAAUAUUGCAGAAAUUCGAAAAACCCUACAUUGUGACAGCUAAUUCAAAUCCCAGCAAGUCAUAAGUCGAAGGGAAAUUAUAGAAUAGUAAGAAAGAAAUCAAACAGGAGGUUUUUAUGGGUCUAGGAUCACAGGACAUUUAUUAAGACAUGUAUUAUGCAAUCUAUGUUGUUGGUAUAUUCCAACGGUUCUGUAGAUCAACAAAUAUGAAGUCACAUGCUUUGUAAAUUUGUCAUGUCUACCAUUUUGUGAUGUACAUACCAUAAGAUAUGUCAAAAUCAAUAAAUAAGAGUUCAUACGCCA